AUGCUGAAUUUACGUCGAGCACUUAUUGCGGCGGCAUUCUUGCUGACCAUAUUCUUCCUCGUCUCUCGUUCCCAUCAAUCGUCAGCGUCGUCGAGCACUUUCGCCACCACACAGUCGGCAGCAGGCGCCACGGGCGCAGUCGACUCCUCGACAGGCGCUGUCACACAACCCGGAAGUCGGACUGCAACGCAGAAACCAUUAGUUGACAUGUCGCAUAUGUCAACUACCGACAAGCUUUCUUAUACCUACCCGUAUGAUAUUGAAAGGAAAUUUCCCGCCUACAUUUGGCAAACCUGGAAGUAUACGCCCGCCCAGGGCGAAUUCCAGUUCCGCGACCAAGAGGCUUCUUGGACCAUUUUGCAUCCAGGCUUUGUCCACGAAGUCAUCACAGACUCGGUUGCUAUCAGCUUGUUGCGCAUGCUCUAUGCCUCCGUUCCCGAGGUUCUCGAGGCGUACGAGGCCCUUCCCCUGCCUGUUCUUAAGGCAGACUUUUUCCGCUACCUUAUCCUCUUUGCCCGUGGCGGCAUCUACUCGGAUAUUGAUACCCUUGCUCUCCAAAGCGCCGACAUGUGGAUUCCAAAGGCCAUUCCUCGCGAGAGUGUUGGCAUGGUAAUCGGUAUCGAGGCUGAUCCUGAUCGUGACGACUGGGCCGACUGGUACAGUCGCCGCAUUCAGUUCUGCCAGUGGACCAUCCAGAGCAAGCCUGGCCACCCCAUCUUGCGGGAUGCCAUCGUGCGCAUUACCAAUGCUACGCUCACUCUCCAGGCCAAUGGCAAGCUAAGCAGCAUGCACGGCAGUGAAGGCGUAGUCGAUCUCACUGGCCCUGCCCUUUGGACCGACACCAUCAUGGACUACUUCAAUGACCCUCGUUUCUUCGACAUGACUUCGACGCCGGGCAAGAUUGAUUACCACAACUUCACCGGCAUGGAGACGAGCAAGCGCGUUGGCGAUGUCGUCGUACUUCCCAUCACUGGCUUUUCUCCUGGCGUCGGCCAAAUGGGCGCCAAGGAACCCGACGACCCCAUGGCGUUUGUUAAGCAUGAUUUUGAGGGAACUUGGAAACCAGAGAGCGAGCGACACAUUGGCGAAGGACAGGUUUCAUAG